UUGUACAUCUGUAAGGGUGACGUCUGAUGGGCUUGCAAAUCUGCAGAGGCACUUGACUUUAAUGCCAUUUGCUGAGUAACUUGUCUUUGAUUUCUGCAGAACAGCUCCGACUUUCCAUCUGACACUGAAAAUCGUUGUGCAAAAGAAACAUGCUCUGUUAGCGUAUCUCACUAGAGGUGAAUUGAUGGCCUCUGCACACAGCUGUGCAUCUAGGAAGUUGGAGCAUCACUUUGAGGAGUACAUGUGACAUUGUCUUUGCAAGAAUGCAAAGCUGGACUUGUCCACAUUGUUUGGGUAUCUGCUAAUAACUCCCAUAAUUGCUAAUGUUUCUCAGGGUUAAAAAUGGCUGUGGAACCUUCAGAAGCUGUAAAAGGGAAAGGAAUCUACCUUACUGAAGGUAAGAUCUGAAUCUCUCCAACUCUGCAGCAACUCUGACCCAUCUCAACUUACUGGCCUCAGCCCAAAAAGCAGUUUGUUCUUUUCUGCAUAACACAGUAUUGUCAGGCUGCCCAGAACAUGGAGGUAUAACUUUUCACUUUAGAAAAAAAAAUAAUUCAAGCCUCUUCAGCAGCUGAAGUUAGCCAGUAUGUGUCUCCUUAAACUGAAAGGGAGUGUCUUUGACCUGGAGGGUGGCCUGUGAUGAAGGCACAUGGGGUAAUUCUUGGGCAUUUCCUGUGCAGGGCUAAGAACUGGACUUGUAGGUCCCUUCUGACUCAGGAUAUCCUGUUAAGAAGUGUAACUUCAGUAUAGCUUGCAAUGCUGUCUGCUUCAAACAUUUAUUUUUAGCAAAAUUUUACUGGCUUGAUGGGCAGGAAAAAUAAAGACAGCAUAUCAGCAAAAUAAUUGCCAUGCCAGUACAGCCUGUUGCCCCAAAGAAAGAUCUUCUGAUUAAAGGUCCAGUGCUGUCUCUGAAGGAUGUACAGCUGUGUUUCCCCUUCAUUAGAUUAGUACACACUUAAAGGAAAUAUUAAGAGCCACUAUUACUAUGAACUACUGUGUCUAGACACCAGCAGUUACAAAAUUCACCUUGCUGCUAUCUACUGCCCUAGCACUGCUGGCCUGUCACUUGACAAAAGCAAGUUGCUCUUUCACUCCCCUGGCCUGUUAACUCUAAAGAACUUGCUGUAACUAUUCAGUGCCUUGUCUUAGAGACGUCCAGAGGAAGUAAAAACACCUCACUUCUUGAUGUUGAAAACUAGAAACCUCUUUACUCUCUUAGUAUGUAGAAGGUAAAAAUAAGAAAGAAUGAAGAAUAAGUAAAGGGUGAAAAUCUCUCUCCUCAUGGGAAUUCACUGCUGUCAGAUCUUCGUGUUGUUAGUGCAGUACAACAUCAAGGGCAUUGGAACAUCUCUGCAUGAGAGCUCUGUGGCUUUUCACUGCACGUUUAUAAAGUGAAGUGAUGGCAUAGGGCACAGAAUCAGUUUUACCCUUUGUGCAACAUAAUUUGAGGGAAGUUUCCCUCUCCUGGUUAUGAGUAGUAUUUCCUUCUUGGUGCUGUGUACAGAAUGGCAUCUAUAGCAUUAAUGCUUUUCUUCUGCAAUGCAGUGUUAUAUUCAAGAGUUGGAACGCAGGUGAGAUGGAGGCAGUAUCUGCUGCUCUCUUCUCCACCCUCUGCCUCUCUGAGAUGGGACAUGUCCUGUCUGGGACCAGAAGGACAAAUGAGAAGAACCUGUCUCCAAGCGCAAAGAUUUUGGGAAUAUGUGUCAGAGAUGCCUGUCAGUAAAACAUCCGUCUUGCCCUAAUUUCUGCAUGGAGUGCUGCAAUGUCGAGUGAAAUAACCUUCCGAGCUGGCUCUGGUGCAGAGGUAUUUUGGCUUAUGUUAUUGCUGAGAGCUUUCUUUCUGAUGAGCUCUUUCUGCCUCUCUGUGUUUCUGAUGUCUGACUCUCUUCACUAUUCUUUUUCCCUUGGGCUGGGAUGUGUGCUGUUUGCAAUGCAUCAGGAAGUAAUACGGAAUAAGAAAACUCUCAUCAUCUGUGCAUCAGGGAGAGAUUUACUGACUGAGUGCUGAGCAGUCAAGUUAUUGAUUCAAACCAAAGCCCAGUCUCUCUGUCUGCUGGGCUGGUUACAUCCUGCUGGUUCAUUGCAUUUAAUCGGAUUCCCUGAGCUGCCACGCAGAGGGGGCGAGUUAGAACAGAUCCAUCUAUAAUGUUCGCUUCAAAAUCCAGUGCUGUAUCCCCUUCUCCGUCCAUGGAACAGGCAGAUUCGGAUGCUCUGGACAUCAGCACCAAAGUGCAGCUGUACGGUGUGCUCUGGAAGAGACCCUUUGGGAGGCAGUCAGCCAAAUGGUCCAGGAGGUUCUUCAUCAUUAAGGAAAGCUUCCUGCUGUACUAUGCUGAGAGUGAGAAGAAAAGUUUUGAAAGCAAUAAAUACUUCAAUAUCCAUCCCAAGGGUGUCAUACCCCUGGGAGGCUGCAUUGUGGAGCCCAAAGAAGAGGCCAACAUGCCUUAUGCCAUAAAGAUCUCUCAUGAAGACUUCCAUGGUAACAUUGUUCUAGCAGCCGAAUCAGAGUUUGAGCAGGCUCAGUGGCUGGAGAUGCUACAGGAGUCUGGAAAAGUGACCUGGAAGAAUGCCCAGCUGGGAGAAGCCAUGAUUGAGAGCCUGGAAGCUCAAGGACUACAGCUGGCCAAGGAGAAACAGGAAUAUUUAGAUAAACUAAUGGAAGAAACGGAGGAGCUGUGUCUGCAGAGGGAGCAAAAAGAGGAGCUUGAGCGUCUGAACCAGAUGCUGGAAGCCGAGAAGCAGCGUUUUGAGGAGGUGGUGCGGGAGCUGCGGCUGGAGCAGGAGGAGAUCAGAAGGGAGCUGGAGCUCACAGCCCGCUCCCUCAAAGGAGUGGAGGAAGAAAAGAAAGAGCUGCGAAGCCUGACACAGUCCUUACAGAACACCCUAGAGGAGCUCUCCCUGGAAAAACAACAAAUGCUGGAGAUGCUGGAAGAAAAUGAGAGCCAGGUCCCAACUCCAACCAGCCCCAGCAAGGAGCAAAGCCCCAAGUGGGGACUGCACUGCAGCCUGCGACAGAUUGAAGAGAAGAUGCAGCAACUUCUGCAGGAGAAACUCCUGGCAGAGAAAAGGAUGAAGGAGAAUGAGGAGCGGUCUCGAGCACUGGAGGAGGAGCGGGAGUUUUACUCUUCCCAGUCGCAAGCGCUGCAGAACUCGCUCUCGGAGCUGACUGCAGAGAAACAGCAGGCAGAGAGAGACCUCAAGGCUGAAGUGAAGGUACGAAUGGAUCUGGAGAGAAGACUGAGAGAAGCUGAGGAAGCGUUGCAAAGCUUGGAGCAAGGCUUAAAUUCUCUGAAUUGCAACAAGGAGAAAGAGAGGAAGAUGAAAGCAGAUGUCAGUAACUUGAGAAAGUUCUUUGAAGAGUGCAUCCGCAAUGCUGAGCUGGAGGCCAAGAUGCCUGUGAUCAUGAAGAACUCCGUGUACAUCCACAAGGCUGCCACUCGCCGCAUUAAGAGCUGCCGCUUCCGCUGCCGGAGAACCAGCGCUUCAUGGAAUGACAUGAAGCAGUCCCAGUCCUUCAUCUUCUCGCAUGCAGAAGCUGAAAAUAUUGAAGAGCUGAAAGAAGCAGCCAAAAGACUGAGCCGGGACCAGCGCUUUAGGAAAACUAUUUAUCAAAUCAUGAGGUCACAAAAGGAUUCUGCUUCAGGGGACAAAAAGUGACUCUUCCUGGGAGGGGGCUUCUGAGAUCAACCUGCCAUUCAGCUCCGCAAAAGUUACAGCCUUGGGCAACUAGGCUCAGAAGGGAGAUUUGCCAUUUGGUGGGGAAGAUGGGGGAGAGUUGUGUGUAGGCAAUCCCUUCAGUUAUUGGCUUUGCUUUAGUUUGAGUGCUCCCUGCAGCCCAGCAGACCUUCUCUGCUGAUCACUCCAGACCUGUUUGCUUCAGCUGCUUACAUUAAGCCUUGUUUUGCCAAGAUGCCACAGUCGGUGUUAAAGUGAACCAGAGACCAUAGCUUAGGAAGUGCCUCUCCUUUCCUUCUGAGGAAGCCUUUAGCAGCCUAUGCUCCAGCUAGUGUAAUCUCCUCAGCUGAACACAGCUCACCCUGUUCUGCCUGAUCCCCUCCAGGACAUGGCUCACUGCACACUCUCAGUCACUCAGCACUUCAGUGGGGCAUGUUUCCUGAAGACUGCAGCAGUCCCAGCCUCCCAAGCAAAAGUAGAAAACACAGGGCCAAACUUUUUGUCUUGAUGCUACAUCAUUUCAAGCAAACAGCAACAACACAAGGUGAAGACAAGGAGGAUGCUGUGGAUUUGGGUCCAAGGAGGAUCAUGUACAGAGAAGAGCUCAUAGGUAACUCAGUGGCAUUAAUGCAAGCUGGAGGGAGGGUUCUGUUGUGUUGAUGGUGGGUAGAACAUUCCAGGGCCAACUUUGCACAUUUUUUGCGCUGGGACAUCUAGCUAUGUCAGAACAGGGGAAUAUGUGCUAGGGAAGGUGUUGGCUAUUGGCCACCUAUUCCUCAGUGUGAAGAAGCCUUUGACUCAGUUUUGAUGGCUUCGUCAACACCUCUGUAAAAUGAGUUGGAGGGCAGGAGGGUGAGGACUGUCCAGCAACAAAACCUACUACCACGUCAGGCAAGCUGUCAGGGCUGUGGGAGUACAGGAGAGGAGUUUUGUUGUGGAACCCCUUGCAGCCUCUCUCACUAUUUUAAGCAAGCAGUUGGCUAAUAAUUACCAUGCUGUAGAAACAGCACUGCCUGGUGCUUACAGAGCACAGGAUAAGAAUGCUCAGAGUGACACCCAGUUUUCUCCUGGGUAGUCAUUGGGAAGAAAUAGACAAAACAAAGGUGAAUAAAGUUAGCAGCAGAAUCACAGUUAGGAUUUAGGGGGUAGUGCAGAUUUACUGUACCUUUCAUGGCAUCAGGCCCCCUGGGUAUUAUGGAUGUCCAGUAACUCACAGGUAGUUGCUUGCUACUGUCCCAUUCAGGACUGUGACAUUGUCCACUCACAGCCUUUGGCUUCCGGCCACCUACAUAAUUCCCUACCAAUUUAGUGUUGUUCCUAGGGAGAAGUCAAGGAUGAGGCUGGGAAGCAAGCCUUGGCUUACCAGCCAGAGGAGAGAGGUUAAUGCUGGGUGAAGGAGCAUCCUGUGAUUGUGUGAUGCUUCUGGAUAGAAUCAUUCUAGUGUGACCAGAGGAAAAGAUUUGGAAGCACAGCCUAUACUUUCCAUUUCACUCCUUCCGCCAGGCAUUGGGAGGUUUCAUCCAAUCAGAGGAUCCAGCACUGAAGGAUGACGUUUUUGUGAUAAUAGGUGAUAUGGUAGGAGAAGAUUGUUUCCAUCCUUCCUUAGUGUACCCGAUCCUUCUGUGGUUUAUCUGCUUGUGUUUAUAUGCUAGAAAGCCACAAAUGAAUUCUUGCUUCUAUAAGGCUGAAGGGCUGUGGUAAAGCAAUACAGAAAUGUUUUUUUCCUUUAUGCUGUUCCCAAAUCAUCUCUAGCUGUUUUCCAGUUACAAGGUCUAUGUUAGGUGAUGCUGGAAGGGACAGAAUAAAGGAUAGCUAGGGAAUGCAUCUGUAAUUCAGGCAGUUAGGAAAAUGACCCUGUGGCCUGUGGAUACAGCAUUUUUGUUCUAUGACCAUCAAAGCCAUGAUAUCUGACUCUUCAGAAGUAUUGUAUGCAGGAGGUAGCCACAUCAGGUCUUCCUUUACUGUGCGUAUUGACAGCAAUAAGUAAAUAAAAGUUAUGCUGACACUA